CUUUUGAUAUUUGAUUUGUCACGCUGUGUCCUCGGAUACAAACUUAGACUCUCGCUAUCUUCUACUGGACUACAAGAAAGAUGGCAGGUUUUUUGAUAGUUCUUUUGGCCCUUGUGACUGGAUCUCUUGCUUCGCACCCCUUUUCGUACAGGGACUGUAACCAUAGUCCAAAUAAGAUCAUUCAUGUGACCUCUGCCCAUUUGAAUCCAUUCCCUGUUGUCGUUCCCGGGGACUUAACCGGAGACAUCGUUAUCCAGGCUCCUCGGCUGGUGCAGGGUAACCAUUACAAGCUUGACGUCCAUAUACAGAAACACGCCCUGUUCUGGAUUACUGUUCCAUGUCUCUCAGGCGUCGGAAGCUGCUCGUAUGAUCUCUGUAAUCUGUUGUCAACGUUUAAUGCUACACAAUGUCCUCCACAACUAAGAGCACAGAAUCUUCCUUGUCAUUGUCCAUUUCAACCUGGAACCUACACUAUGACUCCAGCUGUCUUCAAAAUACCAGAAAUGAGUGGAUUGUGGUCAUGGUUAGCUUCUGGAGACUAUAGAGUGGACGCUAAGAUUACAGACACACAGACAGGGGAGGAGGUAGCCUGUUAUCACGUGGAGGUCUCGGCCACCCAGCCUCCUUGCAGUGGAUUUCUCUGCAGCAUCUUUGGUUAGGGCAAUGGAAA